UGCACCCUUGCUAAUACUAUGUGCAACCCGCCUUUGCUCUCUUGCUCAUCUGAGGCAAAGGGCACGGGAUGUUCCAUCCAGCCUCCCGCCCUCGAUUGGACACUAUUCCCUGGCCCGCCUUCUGGCCUCGCUUCCCAGUUCGGCGACUCCUGUCGAUAGGAAUUGUUUGUGACUUCCCGGUGCGGUGGAAGACAGUCCUUCCUGAUCGCUGUGCAAGUCCGUGAUUCUCUACCUUUCCUGCCAAGACUGGUAAUGGUGCGACCCCUGCAAUCCAACCUGUCGCUUUCGCAGGGAGUCCGGCUCCUGUUCUACGCGCUGAGCCCCAGCGAGUCCAGCUGCAGCGAGCUGGAGGAGGUGCCGGACUACGUGCAGCAGGCAACUCCCUAUUUUGUUGGACUGAUGAUCAUAGAGCUUGUCAUUAACUGGCUCCGGAAGGGUCAGAUUGUAUUUCGAAUGAAUGAUGCACUAACAUCCAUCAGUGCAGGGAUUGUCUCCAGACUCCCACAAUUGCUAGGGAGAGGCAUUGAACUGACUAGUUAUAUCUACAUCUGGGAGAACUUUAAAGUGUACGUGCUUCCUUGGGAUUCAUCUUGGACUUGGUGGAUCGCAUUUUUAGGAGUUGAUUUUGCAUAUUACUGGCUUCAUCGAAUGUCACAUGAAGUGAAUAUCAUGUGGGCAGCACAUCAAGCACAUCACAGCUCUGAAGAUUACAACCUGUCUACAGCCCUUCGGCAGUCUAUAUUACAGAAAUACUUUUCCUGGAUCUUCAAUCUUCCAAUGGCUCUCUUCAUACCUCCCUCGGUGUAUGCUGUACAUCUCCAGUUUAACCUAUUGUAUCAGUUCUGGAUUCACACAGAGAUAAUUGGUAACCUUGGGCCUCUGGAAUUGAUCCUCAACACACCCAGCCACCACAGAGUCCAUCAUGGGCGAAAUCCAUACUGCAUUGACAAGAAUUAUGCUGGAACUCUAAUUAUUUGGGACAGGAUUUUUGGAACCUUUGAGCCAGAAAAAGAAAAGGUCAUCUACGGCUUAACUCACCCGAUCAAUGCAUUUGGACCCUUCUGGGUGCAGUUCCAUCAUCUAGUUUACAUUUUGAAGAUCUUUUGGGCUACCCCUGGCAUCAACAACAAAAUUUCAGUCAUCAUCAAUGGACCUGGAUGGGAGCCAGGCAAACCAAGGCUUGGUUGCAUUGAAGAUCAUCCCCUGGUUAGUGGAAAGGAGAUUCCAUACAAUCCCAAAAUCCCAGCAUGGCUUCAGAUGUAUGCAGUGCUGCAUUUUUUCUUUAUUCUGGGCAUUUAUAUACAAAUAUUUGCCAACAAUUCAGUUGCAUCGGAAAUAACAAUCCUCUUCGGAAUUGGCUAUGUCAUCUUGACACUGACUUCUAUUGGAUUAAUGAUGGAGAAUAGAACAGACGCAGGUAUACUGGAAUUCAUCAGAUGCUGUGCUUUCCUCUAUCUUCAUGAACUAAGUUCCAUGACAGGCCCUUUUAAGCUAGUGACUGAAGUUACAUUUUUUGGAUGUGCAGUAUUUUGGGGAUUACGAUGUGUAAUUAAAUUUUAACGGCUACCAAUGGAUGUGCGAUAUACAGUGAGGAUGGUCACUAGCCACACUUCACCGUUGAAAUGCAGUCAACUUCAGCAUAUACUUCAUAUCACUGCACAAUAAGCCAACGUUCAAUGCAAUAUGGAUUCUUUAACUACAAAUGUUCUGUGAUAGAAAAUAAUUUGAGCAGAAAUUAAGAAUAAUUGCUAAUACUUUGCAGUAGAAGAUGAAAGAUUUUAACAUUGUACUACGUAUAUUGAUUAAAAUGUUCAGUGUGUUUAAAUGCAAUUGUACUGAUACUUGCCAAAUUUGUGUAAAGAGCUCCUGCACAUAUGGGUUUUUGUUUUGCUCAGCAGAAUGAACAGUGCAGAACAACAUGCAUUUAUAUGUUGUCUCUGUUGCAAUAUGUUGCAAUAAUGCAUUUCGUUGUCUCUGUACUGUACACUGACAAUGACAAUUAAAAUUGAAUCUGAAUCUGAACAA